GGAAGUAGGCGGGGCGGGCGCUGGAGGGUUCCAGAAGCGGCCGGAGGCGGCGGGGCCGGGGGGCGGCCGCGCCAUGGUGGAUUACAGCGUGUGGGACCACAUCGAGGUCUCGGACGAUGAAGACGAGACUCACCCCAACAUCGACACGGCCAGUCUCUUCCGAUGGCGGCACCAGGCUCGAGUGGAGCGGAUGGAGCAAUUCCAGAAGGAAAAAGAAGAGCUGGAUAAAGGCUGUCGGGAAUGUAAACGGAAACUCGCCGAGUGCCAGAAAAAAAUGAAGGAGUUGGAGGUGGCGGAUCCGGAAAGCGGGAAGGGAGAGCUGGAAAAACUCCAGGCCGAAGCUCAACAGCUGAAAAACGAAGAGAAAAGCUGGGAAAACAAAUUGGAGGAGCUGAAAAAGAAGGAGAAGAACAUGCCCUGGAAUGUGGACACCCUCAGCAAGGACGGCUUCAGCAAGAGCGUCUUCAACGUCAAACCGGAGGAGAAGGAGGAGACGGAGGAGCAGAAGGAGAAGAAACACAAAACUUUUGUGGAGAGAUACGAGAAGCAGAUCAAACACUUCGGGAUGCUGCGGCGCUGGGACGACAGCCAGAAAUAUCUCUCCGAUAACCCUCACCUCGUUUGCGAGGAGACGGCUAAUUACUUAGUCAUCUGGUGCAUCGAUCUGGAGGUGGAAGAGAAACACGCCCUGAUGGAGCAGGUGGCCCACCAGACCAUCGUCAUGCAGUUCAUCCUGGAGCUGGCCAAGAGCCUGAAGGUGGAUCCCAGGGCUUGUUUCAGGCAGUUUUUCACCAAAAUUAAGACGGCGGAUCAGCAGUACAUGGAGGGCUUCAACGAUGAGCUGGAGGCUUUCAAGGAGCGGGUGCGGGGCCGGGCCAGGGUCCGCAUCGAGAAGGCGAUGAAGGAGUAUGAGGAAGAGGAGCGGCAGAAGCGCUUGGGCCCCGGGGGGCUCGACCCCGUGGAGGUCUACGAGUCCCUCCCCCCCGAACUGCAGAAAUGUUUUGAUGUCAAAGACGUCCAGAUGUUGCAAGACACGAUCAGUAAAAUGGAUCCCACCGAGGCCAAAUACCACAUGCAGCGCUGCAUCGACUCGGGGCUCUGGGUCCCCAACGCCAAAGCGGGGGAGGGGGCCGAGAAAGGCGGCGGCGAAGCCCUUUACGAGGAAAUUAAGAAGGAAAACGGCGACGAGGACAAGGGAAAUCCGUGAGCUGGGGGGGGUGGGUGUCAGCGGAAAUAGGGCACAAAGCGUGAAACUAUGGCGUAAAGCAGAAAAAAAUGUGUAAAGCAUAAAAUUAAGGUGUAAAGCGUAAAAAAAAAAAAAAAAAAAAAAGAGGCGUGAAAUGAAGGUGUAAAGUGUAAAA